AUGGCCUCAUCGGGUCCAGUGGACCCCCACGAGCCCUACUCGGCAUCAUCAUCUCGCUCCACUAACUACUCGAGACGACGGACCGAAUCCCUCUCUUCAAACGUUCACGACAGCAAUAACAGCAACAACAGCAGUAGUAGCAACCAGCCCAGCGGAUCAACAUCUCUCAUGCCACCAGAUCAAACUCGUCCUCGGUCGUCAUCUAGCUCCAAGGCUCUUCUGACCAUGGCCCUGCUCGAGGCCCAGUCUGCAGUGCAACUCGACAAUGCGUUCGAUAUCCCCGCUGCCCUGGAUGCCUACCGUCGGGCUGUCACCUUGCUCUCGAAGGUCAUGGAUGCUAGUUCAUCGCCCGACGAACAGGAGCGUCUGAGAACGAUUCAUGACUCGUACUUGUUCAGGAUCCAUCUGCUCUCGACCCCUCCUACCACAUCCCCGCCUUCUGAACCACUCCCUGCCCUACCGCAACCACCUCCCCCUCAGCAGCCUUUGCCCACACCACCCCGCCAGUCAACCGUCGCCUCAAUGACCCCUGCAACGUCCACCAACACCAUUUCAUCGUCGCACCAACAAGGAUAUGACUCGGACAGUACAACCUUGUCAAACCCGGUCGCACAAGGACCAUCUCCACGACGCGUCAAGAAAAAUAUCCCCCUCCCACUUCAUCCUGCCUCUGUUGCGCUACCCAUUCACCCACCCACGGAGCCCAGGACUCCACGCCAGAGGUCAGACUCCACUUCGGCCAGCGAGCUUGGUUCGCCAGGACAUACUCGACACCACACACGCUCGCACACAGGAGGGUCGAUUCAUAGAAUGACGGGAGGACUCGUGGACGCAACAGAGCAGCUUCACCUUCACUCUCAACAUCGUAUCCCUGGCGUACCCAAAGUUCGGAGUCGAGACCAUCUUGGAGUGCCCAUUCACUCUGCUCCUUUGGGCCCUCUUCCUCCAACCCCGACAGCUUUAGGCCCACCACCUUCGACCCCACCACCUGUACCUAUCCCUGGAUCAGCGCCUGGAUCGACUCCUUCAACGCCCUCGCAUUCAAACCCAACAACGCCCAACAUGCCUGGGCAUCAGACGUUUCUGCCCACAUCUCCGCCACCAAGAUCGCCCUUGCCUCAAACGCCUUCUUCCAACCCAGUAUCACCUCCAGCUUCGCCCGCCCAUGCUACCCGCAGGAUUUCACCCUUGGUUCCUUCAACGUUCUCAUCUGCAGGACAUCUCCACCAAAACGCGGGACACAGUGCCUCACCGUUGCAAAAAUCUUUUCUCUCAUCCCCAGAGAGCUCUCCUGAUGACAGUAACGACACUACCAACGGCAACAGUGCAAACGACGGGGCUCACAGUCAGUUUUAUGAAGGAGAACCUGUUUCGGAUGAGUGGCUUCCUAACCUGUCGUCCAAGGACUAUUCAAAGUACGAUUCUUCGCUCGACCAUGCCUCUGAGGAUCCUUACCCACGGGACAGAGUGACAUCCAAAGGGUCAUACACAGGCAGCCAGCUGGAGCAGAUUCGUACCAAAGUUGGACAAUCGCUAUCAAUGGGCGCAGAGCAGGACGGACAAAGAGGGGACAUGUCCUCAUACUCCUCUCCACAACAGCCAGCACACCAGCGAUCGUACUCGCAAUCUUCGACCCUCUCUUCGCACCAGGUGUCUGCCUCGCAGUCUUCGCGAUCACCGCUCUCUGGACCGAUGUACAACUUUCAGGCAGGAUCCUCAUCCAUCAGCUCCCUUCACGCCCUGGAAGGAUCCUCACACAAGCGCACUUCAGACUCUUCUCGCUCGCUGAAGGGAUCUUCGGGAGCUGCUAACGGACAGAAUGCACUCGGGACCUCUUCACCCCUCUCAUCUACGCCUCAGCUGGUUUCACGAUCCAACGUCUUGCAACACCAGAGCAGCAGCUCAAAGCUGAGCAGUGUCGUAUCCAAUGCGUCGAGCUCACCUUCGCUGGAAAAGUCGUGGAGCCCAAACAUGAGCGGAGCUGGCCCGUCCUCCUCGAUGGGCGGAAUGACUUUGUUUGAAGUGAUCUCGGAUGACCCAUUUGCAGGAAUGCAAUUCCCACUUCCUCCUCCAAGCACUGAGCCUCCACCCUCGGACCCUACUCUUCGGUGCUUCUGGUUGAUGCGCAGGAUCGAGCAGUCUAUGUUGAGCGGUGGAUUUGUCACUAAGAGGAUGUAUGUCCCACGGGCGAUUUGGUAUCAAUCCUUGGUCCGCUUGCCUGCAGCAGACUCUAAGAUUAGCGCCUGUCAGACGUUGGUGACAAUUUUAACCAAGAUGGCCAAGAUUAAUAUGCUGGUCGCUGCAGGCGGUGGACCGGAAGGCGAUGUUGAGCGGAUGACAGUUCUCAAGGAGCUCGACAGCUUGGAAACGGCUGCCCAUCAAGUGCAAGUUAAGCUUAGCAAGAAGCUGUCGUUUAUUCACCGACCCGGCAAGAGCGGAGUACCAUUGACUGUGGCGACCAACCAGUCUUACACGGACGACAUGCAGGGACCAGUCACAGGUAGCGGCGCAAGUGUGUAUGGUGCGCAGAGUGUGUACGGAAGUGCCAGUCUAUACGGCAGCGGAAGCUAUGACUUUUUGGCGAACGAGGAGCCUAUGCCAGGACACGAAAAGACGUCCAAGAAGGGAAGCAGUUCGGAUGCAAGCGCCGGAGGUCUCAAGAGUCAGUGGAAGAGUUUCUCCAAGUCUGUCCAAAAGUCAAUGGGCAACGACAAAGUUGAGGACACUUCUGCAUACACAGAGGCGAUUAUCCGACUGUUCCAAUCGGGUUACAUUUUGGAGGCGAUGAUUCGACACUAUUCUGCCUUGUCGCCCUUCCAUACCCACAUCCAGAUCCUGAAUCGGUUACGGCGUAUGUGCGAUAUCUUUAAUCAAGUCUUUUGUGCCUUUGUCAUUCGUGACAUGGGUGAGCUCAUGGGCAAGUACGUUAAACGUGUCGGUGCCUGGGUCGCCGAUUAA